CAUGGUUGCUGUUGGUGGUGUGGUAACUUUUUCCCCUCACCAUACAUGUAUAUAAGGGACACAUUCACCCGCAGCUGUAGACAGGGUGAAUUGGACAAGGGCACAGAAGCUGCAGAAUUCAGAGUCUUUCCUCUGCCGCGUCCGGGGAAAACGCAGACAUGAUCAUAGAGGAUCAGGAGGCAUUGAAACAUUGGUUGUCAAAGAAUCUAGAGCCAAUUUGUGAUGCAACUGACCCGUCCGCCCUUGCAAAAUAUGUACUUGCAUUAUUGAAGAAGGACAAGAGUGACCAAGAGCUAAGGGCUAUAUGCUUUGAUCAACUUGAUGUAUUUCUUCAAAAAGAAACGCAGGGCUUUAUGGACAGACUGUUUGAUGUCUUAAAAACCAAGAGUUUUCUUCCACAACCUGAUAGCACCUCAACAGCUGUCGUAAAACUGGUCACAUUUGAACAUCAAGAAAGAGAAAUAAAGAAAGACGAGAAAGCAUCUUGGAGAUUAAACCCAAGUCCUCAGCCUUCUAGCACCCAUCCCAAAGAAACCAGCAGUAGAGAUGAUCGAAACAGAGAUGACCAUUUUCGUAAAAGGGAGUAUGAGAGGAAUGUACUUCGGAGAGAUUCAUACAGAGACCGGUAUAACCGACGUCGAGGUAGAAGUUAUAGCAGAAGCCGAAGUCGCAGCCGGAGUAAGGAGAGGCAUCGUGAUAGAGACAGGGAUAGGAAUUGUAGCAGAACAGGAAGUAGAGAUAAGGAUUCCGGAAAGCCAAAGUCUGACCCUGUCAGACCAGACCCAGUAGACAACAGUUACGCCUCAGGAUCUUCUGUUCCUCAUGUCGGAACUGCCCAUUUUCCAGUUCCAGCUCUAAGCAGUACAAUUACAGUAAUUACUCCAUCCCAUCAUGGCAACCGCUCAGCUGAAAACUGGCCAGAAUUUCAUGAAGAUCAAGUGGACCACAAUAGUUAUGGUAGACCACAGAUACAGAAAAAACGAUGCACAGACUAUGAUGAAAAGGGAUUUUGCAUGAGAGGGGAAAUGUGUCCUUUUGAUCAUGGUAGCGAUCCAGUUGUUGUAGAAGAUGUUAACCUACCUGGCAUACUACCAUUCCCAGCACAACCUCCUGUUGUAGAAGGACCUCCUCCACCAGGCUUUCCGCCACCAGGCUUUCCUCCACCACCAUCUAUUUUGACACCGCCCCCUGUAAACCUGCAACCUCCUGUUCCACCACCUGGGCCACUACCUCCCAGUCUUCCACCAGUCACAGCAAAUGAAGUCCAAGUUCGGCUUCGGUCUAUUAGAGAGCAACUAUCUGAAUCACAAUUGUGGGCUCAAAAUUCUUCAUUUCCAAUAAAAAGGAGAAAACAAAUUUACAUCAAUAAAUCUUUUCUUAAGAAGAUUAUGGAUCUACAAAAAAAUUCUAAUAUAACUAAAGAAAAAAAUGCGGAGCUUCUUGAACGCUCUUAUAAACAUCCAGGAACUGAAGAACUUCAACUGAAUGAAGGAACAUCAUAUAAUUCAGAUUUAUCUCUGCCAUAUCCCGUUGUUGCAGGCACAUUGCUUAGGAAAAAUGAGCAUGACAACGGGGGGCCUAUACAGGAGAUGGAAGGGCUGUAUGAUCGCCACAGGUUUAAUAUGUUAAAUAAAAGGCAGGUACACCAGGAUACAUUUAUUCAGCCUCAGAACCCCAAAGAAGUUGAUGAAGAGACUGACUUUUGCAAAACAUUAAUACCCUACAUGCGUAGAGUUCCUCUGGAUCGUAGAUUAGAUAUGCAUAUUGCUGUGCUCAAUUGUAUAUCAUCUUUUUGCCAGUCUCCAACUGCUUCUGGGCAAAACCCUAUGCCACCUUUCACUAUUCCAACUCAGCCAUGUUUAAGUGAUAUGCCACCUUACAGUCAGAGCACUAAGACUUGUGGAUUGUAUCCACAAAUCUCACAUGAGUCACACCGUUACAUCCAAUUCUGCAGAAACACUCAAAAUCCAUAGUCAGCCCAACAGUUUUAUUCCAGUCAUCUAAAUCUCAUCAAGAGCCAAGUCAUAUUAGCCUCUAUUAUAAACUGUUUCAGUUUCUAAUCCUUUGUUUUUGUUUUGUUUUUUAAAGACUUGCACUUAUUGAUGUAUAUGUUCAAUUUUUUUUCUUUUGUGCGUUGUACCUUUUAACUGUUUUCAUUGGUUCUUGUUGUAAAGUUUGAAUAAAUUUCAGACAAUCCAAUAAGUGUUAUACUGUUAUUUUACAGCUGUUAGAUUUUUGAAUAUUCAGUCUUUUUAAAUUAUAAAUGCAAAUUUGGUCUAAACCUA